GCCGCUCACAGGAUGUUCUGCUGCAGCUCCGUCUUCUUGCAUCCUUUUUUGACCCGAUUGUCUCUGUAUUGUCAUCAUGAACCUGUGGCUCGGCUCGCUGCUGUUUGCUUCGCUGCUUCUGAUUGGCUCAGCUCUCUCACCUGAAGAAUGCCGGCCGCUGGUCGCACCCGUCUCUCUGGCCGACCCGUCUGUGAUCUAUGGAAAAGUAAAUUUCCUCGCAGGCUACACGGAUCACGACUUUCAUAAUGCGAUGCUGAAGUUAACCGAAAGCUCCUGGGUGAACAUUACAAAGUCGCCGGCAGGCAACAAUGAGAUUAUCACGAUUCAAGGGAGCAAUAUAAAUGGAACCUGCUUGAAAAACUCCCAGAAGAUGAAGAUAGAGGGCGACACCAUAACGUCCUCCUAUCUUAACAUGACCGCUGUGUCUCAUGUGCUGCCGAGCUGCGACGGCUGUUUGGUCUUGAUGAUAAACAGCACUGCCAAAAACGUCGAAAUUCUCCUUCGGCUAUUUAAACUCGGCAACGCAAACAUCCAGAACGAAGUCACCGCUCGUUCUCUUUACUUUCUAGACAGAGGAUCGGCCGUGUCGGAGUCUGACAUGGAGCGUUUUAAGAAGCAGGCGAGCUGCUUGGGCUUCUCUGGAGAACCAGACUUCCUCCACAAGCCUGAGAAAAGUUUUUGCAAAGAGGAGGAGAGCAUCCAUUUGCCAAAUUCCUUUUAGUCAUUCUGCAUCUAAUUUGCACAAUGACUAAAAUGUUUUUUUCUUGUGCAACAUGUAGUCUUAAAGCUGCAAAGACAAUAAAACUGAUCAAUAAAUAUU